AACUCUCACUUCCCCUCUCCAACGGCGUCGAACUCCAGGUGGUGCUGCCUGCCCGCGGAGAGGCAGCUGGGCUGCCUGCCCCUUUGGGCCUCUCCCCCAUCCCGCUGGCCCACAGGCCGCCGCCGCUGUGGCCGCCGCGGCUACCCCAGCAGCCAGCCCAAGGAGGCGGGGCAGGUCAGUCACUCCGCCCCCGACCGCUCAGGGAAGCGCUGCUCCAGCCCAGCCCUAGUCGGAGAUCAAAGCUGGAGACCAAACUACUGAAGCUACAACCUCCCUGCCUCUCCCUGGCCUCCAGCCCCACCUCGACAGGAUUACCGGAGAUCCCAGUACCGCCCGGGAUGUGAGCAGGGCUCCCCUCCAGCCUCUGCCAUGGCAACCGCAGGGAGUGAUAUCCUAAUUGUCUACAGCUCAGAUGCCCAAGAAUGGUGCCAGUAUCUGCAGAAUCUUUUCCUUUCAAGUUCUCAGGUUUGGAACCAGCAAACCCUGACCUAUGAACUGAGACAUGGGGUUGCCAUUCCCACUAGGGACUUGUCUCUCUUCUUCAGCACUCGAUGUAUCAUCAUACUCCUGUCAAUGGAACUAGUUCAGAACUUUUAUAAACCCAAUGUGCUGUCCAGCCUGCAGAAAGUCCUGUGCCCUCCCCAUAGGGUGGUGAAGUUGUUCUGUGGAGUACAGGACUGUGAAGAUUUCUCAGAGUUCUUUGAGGACUGGGCCUGUUGGCAGGAGCUCACUUGUGAUGAUGAGCCUGAGACCUAUGUGGCUGCUGUGAAGAAGGCUUUUUCGGAAGAUUCUGGCUGUGACUCCAUCACGGACACCGAGGUUGAAGACGAGAAGACCUUUGUUUACUCCAGAUUCAUUUCCUCUACACUGAAGAGCCAGCUCCUGGAGACCACACCAGGGAACCUGAUGGUGGUGCAGCCAGAUCGAAUUCGUUGCGGGGUGGACACAACAGUUUAUGUUAUUAUGAAAUGUAAGUUGGAUAGUCUAGUGAAGACAGAAGUUGAAUUCUUUCCUGAGAACUCCCCUUCAGUACGGGUGGCUGCCAAGCUGGAGAAUGAAUACACAGUUUCUGUGAAAGCACCUGAUUUAUCUUCAGGAGAUGUUUUUCUAAAGGUCUAUUCUGGUGACCUCAUGGUGUGUGAAUCAACUCUCUCCUAUUAUACUGACAUGGAGGAAAUUGGGAACUUGUUGGCCAAUGCAGCCAACCCUGUGGAGUUCAUGUGCCAGGCCUUUAAAAUUGUGCCCUAUAACAUUGAGACCCUUGAUAAACUUCUAACGGAGUCUCUGAAGAAGAAUAUCCCUGCAAGUGGGCUGCACCUGUUUGGAAUCAACCAGCUGGAAGAAGACGGUAUGAUGACCAGUGAGUACACAACUCAGCGGGAUGAAGAGCUGCCCACCUUGCUUCAUUUUGCUGCCAAGUAUGGACUAAAGAACCUCACGGCCCUCCUGCUGACCUGCCCUGGAGCUUUGCAAGCUUAUAGUGUGGCCAACAAGUAUGGUCACUACCCCAACACCAUAGCUGAGAAGCAUGGCUACAGGGACCUGAGGCAGUUCAUUGAUGAAUAUGUGGAAACGGUGGACAUGCUGAAGAGUCAUAUUAAAGAGGAGUUAAUGCAAGGGGAGGAAGAUGAUGCUGUGUAUGAGUCCAUGGCCCACCUCUCUACAGACUUGCUCAUGAAGUGUUCCCUCAAUCCUGGCUGCGAUGAGGAGCUGUACGAGUCCAUGGCUGCUCUCGCCCCAGGAACCACAGAGGAUCUCUAUGUAGAGAUGCUUCAGUCCAGUGCAUCUAACACAAAACCCGCAGAAUCCUUUCCUGUGACCACCAAGGAUUCCAUCAUUCGUAAAUUUUUGGAAGGCAACAGUGUAGAAGAGGGCCCUUUAGAGCCAAACUCUUUCCCUGAUGCUGUGGAUGAUGAUGUUUAUCACACAGUAGAAGAUGACAAUACUUUUCCUAUGGAUCUGGCAAACAGACCCCCAGUGCCUGUGCCCAGACCAGAGACCAGUCCUCGUGGCAUUUACCAGGCAUCCCAGAGUGAACCAUAUAUUUGCAAAGUAUUUGCAGAUAAAAGUCAGGACCGACCUGGAAAUUUGUAUAUUUCUUCUGAGUUCAUGACAAAAGAGACACUGGUCAGGCCAUGGAGGGACAGACCCCAGUCAAGCAUCUAUGAUCCUUUUGCUGGCAUGAAAACUCCUGGCCAGAGACAGCUCAUCACCUUACAGGAACAAGUAAAAUUAGGCAUUGUUAAUGUGGAUGAGGCUGUUCUCCAUUUCAAGGAGUGGCAGCUGAAUCAGAAGAAGAGAUCAGAGUCCUUUCGCUUUCAGCAGGAAAAUCUUAAACGGUUACGAGACAGCAUAACUCGAAGACAACUAGAGAAGCAAAAAUCCGGGAAACAAUCAGAUUUAGAGAUCACAGUUCCUAUUCGACAUUCUCAGCAACUCUCUGGAAAAGUAGAGUAUGGGAUCUAUGAAAGUGGCCCCAGGAAGAGCAUUUUGCCACCAAAAAAUACUCUACGCAGAGGCGAUUGGAAAACAGAAAGCACUUCGAGUACUUCAAGCAGUAAUAGUAACCGUUCCAGUACCCGAAGCAUUCUCAGUGUCAGCAGUGGAAUGGAAGGUGACAAUGAGGACAACGAAUUCCCAGAAAUUAACAGAAGCUGUAGCCCAUGUCCCCAGUACAAGGAGAGAACCCCCUCCAAGUCAUUAGAAAGGCCUCCCAAGAUACCUCCCCGAGCUGCUUCGCACAGGCCUCCAAGUAGAGAGAACUUCCAACCUCCUCCCCCAGUUCCACCAAGGGGUCGCUGACACCCCUUCUAUCAUCUUCUUUACAUAGGACUUUGGAAGAAAAGCAAGUGAUUUCCAGCUCCUUAUUGAUGUCAUCAUUGACUUAACUGUUGGAUUGUACUGAGAUUGCUCAUGGCCUUAACAUAUAUUACAUGGUCAGACCAGGCUGUCUGAAGAAGGGACUCUGGCUGCCAAGGACUAGGAAGCCAGAAACUUCAUUUCCUUUUAAACAAAACAAAUGAGAAGUUCCAUUGUUCCUUGGAAGACAGAAGACUUGGUUAGAAUACAUACCUUUCUUUAGUGAGGUCUAAAAAAUGGCCCUUCUUCCCAAGAAUAUUCAUAAAAAUGUGUUUCCAAAAUUGA